AGGGAACAGUGUAUGAGAGAGCGGAUCAAAAUGGCAAAGGACCCGAAAUACUUGAAUUGCGUGUAUAAAUGUACAGACUGUAUAAAGGGAUUCGUUUUUAAGGAAUCGUACGACAAUCACAUGGAGAAACAUAGCAAGGCGAUGGGCAAAUAUAAGUGUGAUAUAUGUAACCAGAGAAUGGCUACAAUGAACAGGUUACUGAGUCAUCAGAGAUAUCACAGAGUACGGUACAAAUGCAGUGAAUGUAAUUUGACAAGAACCAGUCGAUUGACAAUAAAGGAACAUUAUUCAGCCUACCAUCAUCAGGAUCCUUACUUGCACGAGUGUUUACACUGUCACAAAAUGUUCAAGCGGCAAAUAUCUCUAAAGAAGCACAUAAAGUUCACGCAUAUGACGCAGAAGCGAUCGAAAUGUGAAAUCUGUCAGAAAACAUACGUAAACAAGGAAGGUUUAAAAACUCAUAUGAUCGACAAGCAUCCAUCCGAAGCCACAGCGGGUACGAUAAAGAAGCACGUGUGUCCAGACUGUGGCGUCGCCUUCAAGGCUCCGUCGCAACUCAGGAGUCAUAUGGUCAAGCACACGGGCGCCAGGAACUACUACUGCGUCGAAUGUGACAAAGGUUUUAAGUCGAACAACUCUUUGAAACAACAUUUGAAGAUAGCAGCGCCCCAUGUCAACUAUUUGGAAUUACCACUUAAAUGUGACCAUUGCGACAAGAGGUUCAGUGUUCGAAGAGAUCUGGUCCGACACAGUAAUAGAGUCCAUCUUAAUAUCAAACCGUUUCAGUGCGACAAAUGCGAUAAGGCAUAUGUCAACUUAUGGUCCCUAACGGAACACAAACGUUUCACUCACGAAGGUCACAGGAGACCUCUAAAUUUCCCCUGCCCUUUCUGUGAUAAAGUUUUUAGUCGUAAUGCAACCCGUAAGUCUCAUAUACGGACCCAUACGGGUGAACGUCCUUUCGCCUGCAACAGCUGUCCUGCAAAAUUUAGCCAAGCAGGUGUUCUUGCUACUCACGUCAAACUAGUCCACCUUAAGCUGACAAGGGAUGGGAGACCUAAGGAGGUGCCCAUAUUGCCCCACUGAGGUCAGCUAUAUCUUGGGCCUACUGAUAGCUUGGGUCUAAAAGAUGGAUAGCUUGCAAGCAUUCCGCAGUUGAUUUAAAUCUGGGUCGAAGAUUACUACAGCAAGGCUAUGAUUGCCCCAUCGAAGUGACCUCAGAUAUAGCUUGAGUGCACCAAUAGCUUAGGUCUGGAAGAUGGAUAGCUUGCAAACAUUGCGUGGUUGGCUUAAAUCUGGGUCGAAGAUUACCAUCGCAAGGGUUUAAUUGCCCCACUGAGGUGACCUCAGACAUAGCUUAGGUCCACCAAUAGCUUGGGGUCUGUGAGAUGAACAGCAAGGAUCCCGCAAUCGAUCUGAACCUUGGUCCAUCGCAAGAGUAUAAGAAUAAAGAUCAGUUAUUUCUCAAAAAAAUACAAUUUACUUACAUGACAAAUUUGAAUGACACAACAAAAAAUAUAUAUGUUUGGUAUAUCAAACAAAAAAAAAAAGACAAGAAACAGUUUAGAGAAUAAGAUCAAAAUCUCUUUACAAAAAGAUAAUCGAAAUAUGGGCAACUGGAAGUCAUUGCUUAAGUGAGUAAAAAUGAACUACCCCCAUUUGGGUGUCUUUUGGACAUUGUUGUGUCAGCAAAAAACGUACUUAAAACUUGAAUUGGCGAGUGGACUGUAUUGCAGUAAACCUGACUCUGUAUAAAUGGGGAACUUUUAUAUUGUUUGCCGAAGAUGAAAAUUAGGACAAUGAUUACAAUACAAUUCAAUCACCUAUUUGUUGAUUAAAUAUCUGGAUUGUGAUGUGAUGAUAAAUAAAUAAACGCCUCACAAUCAACGGUCCCCACCAAGAUUUAUACUUGUGAUGAGUAUUCUCAAGCGCAAUACACAAGCACAAACACCCAGUGUAAUACCCUUUUGGUGUAAGUAAUUGUUUCUGAGGGAUAUCAAAACUUACCGCUGUGUUUUGUCAGAGCAAUAAUAAAUGUGUGCACUGAUUGGGCUUGACAGAAAUUGUGAAAAGCAUAAAUUCGAGAGCUGAUAACAGAUUAGGAGCAGCUGUUAAGUAGUAAGCAUUGUGUCCAAAGUUUAAAAAAAAACAUCUUUUAUUCGACAACUAAGGACGUAAAGAACUUAAACUUUGUUAUGUUACAAACAAUAUGACAAAAUAUAUACGUUCUUGAGAA